GUCUGAUUACGCUUAGAAACGGCUGUGCUGUUGAGCGCGCCGAAAACAGUGUUGUUUUACUGAAAAUGACCGACAUCAUGCAAGAAUUGGCUAGUAUAGCCAGAAGAAACAAAUUUUCUGGAACAUUGGGAAUGUCAGAUGAGGAUAUCGUUUCUGUAUGGGAAUAUGUGUCAGAUUACGUCCAAAAGCAAAUGCUUAGCGGAAAAGGAGUAACUAUUAAUGGAUUAGGAACAUUUACAUUUGUUCAAAAAAAAUUAGAUGUAGGAAAUAAUAAGUAUCUCCUUAUUCGUCGUCCUGUAUUCCAAAUUCAAGAAAAAUUCGCUCAAACCCACGGUCUACAAAGUAACAAAUACCAUUUGACUGGAACGGUUACUUGUAGUUCACUUAAUUUUUCUGCCCUAUCCAUUGAAAGUCCUUUCAAGAGAGACGUUAUUGAAUCAUGUGUGAGAGAAGUACUUCUUGCUAUGCAAAGGUCUUUAGCCUCUGGGAAAAAUAUUGAGUUUUUAUUCUCGUCCCUUGGUCGUCUGCAAAUAAGAGAUGGUCGAGUCAAAAUGAAAUUUUUUAAAGAAUUCAUCAACUCAGUCGAUGGUAGUGGCGGAAAAUUAAUCGACUCAAUGAAAAAUAGACCUGGGACUUGCGAUAGUGUAAUUUCUAAUAGACCACCGACUAGGCCUAUUUCAUCGAACACUCUCUGUUUACCAAAAAUCGAAGGUGCCACUUGCUGUGAUAAUGCAAAACAAACUAAGAUGCCAACAAUUGACGAAGAAGAUGGCCAAGCCAAAGAAGAAGACAAACCAAUUGAAGAGGAUGAAGGGAAAAAUGAAGAAAAUUUGGAUUCCAAAGAAGAAUUUGAAUUUGAAAAGGCUAAUAAGAAAACAUUAGUAAAUCCUAGAGAGUCGCUGCAUUUAGCUAAAGCUUGCGCCGUUACUUUCGAUUCAAUAUUACCUACAGUUCCAAACACUGCAAGAACAGAUUCAAGUGCCAAAUCAUUGAUUUUUAGACGCUCUCUUUCUCCUUUAGCAGAGAGACCCUCUACCAGUAUUCAUAUUCGUUCUCAGAGCGCCGACUGCUUAGCUCCCCCUAAACCUAUGCCUGAAGUAAUACAAUCUGCCCCUCCAUCUGCCUGUGGGCAUAGAAAUGCUGGACAAGAGUUAUGUUAUUUGUGUCAUCAAAGGGAAAGGCGUAAUAUUCCAGUAUUUCUCCGUGAAGAACGAAAGAAGAGGGAAGCAGAAGAAGAUCGUUUGCUAGAUGAAUAUCAAAAACUGAAAAUUACCGAAUCAGUUUUAAAAGAACAAGAACUUGCUUUGGAAAAGAGACACAACGAACAGAAAAAUGCAGCAUUCAAUUUAGGAGUAGCCGAGGCUGUUAAAUCUAGAAAGCCUGAGAAGGGAUUCUAUUCAUCGUACAUCUUUGAAAAGAGAGCUUUAACACCACCACGCCAAAUAGCCCAGGUAAGAUAUAAUGGAGAAUUAGCUCAACAAGUGGCCGUUAAAGAAGAAGUGAAAAGGAAAAGAAAAGAAGACGAAUCUUUCCUUGAGCGUUUAGAGCAAGUACAAUUAGCUGAAGAUCUGGCAGCUGAAAGACAAGAAGUACAGAAACACAGAGAUGAACAAAAAGAAAAUUAUCGCAGAGCUUUGGAUACUCAGCUCCGAUAUAAACCUCUUCCAAUACCCUCUAGAGUGUCUGAUUCUGAUGAACCAAUUUUCGGAAAAGCUGACAUGGCUAAUGAACGGCUUGCAGAAAGACGUCGUAGAGCAAUUGAAUAUUUUAGAGAUCAGCGAGAUGUUGUUGAACAACGAAAACGAGAUAAACUUCUCCGUAGACUUAGAGAGCAAAAGGACGAAGAAGAAGUCUUGCGCAAAAAUAGAAUGGAUUUGAAAGACGACUUGGCUCAGAGAUAUUCUAGAGCCGUUGCCAAUCGUAAAAAGCUGGAGGAAGAAUGGCAAAGAGCCGCCGAAGAUAAGAAGCAACGUGACAGCGAAGAAAGGUCUGCUAAUUUUGCUUCCCACGGAGAACUAAUCCAUGAACAAUGCGAUAAAUAUGGAAGAUGUGGCCAAUGUAAGAGAAGAUUAAACAACUGCGGAGAGUCGAAUGUCUGGAGGGACACCCGUUAUGUUCCCGGUGCAAGGAUCAUGGUAUAAGGGAGACAGUAUUAAUUAUGGAUUAUAAACAAUAUAAUUUAUAUUUUUAAAAUAUAUCAAUUACACUAUACACAGUGUAUUAUUAAUGAAAUAUAUGCAUAUAUAUACUUAUAUUUUCACAAAAUAUUGUUAAUUCGUAUAUAUACAUGCUUUUAAAUUUGAAAUAUGCCGUGUAUAAGAAUUAGUAUUAAACUGAUGUUUGAGAUCGUGCAAAACUUGAUAUCGUGGUUUAUGUUGAAAAAUUUUAAUAUGAUUAUAAAUUACAGUUUACUCCCGCUCACAAGCGUUUCUAUUUAUUGAAACGCCACAAGUGUAUAAAUGAUUUAUAGACAAAUGACUAAAAGGACGCGGAACGUGAAACCCGCGAGUGCUUUAUCACUUUGAAUGUUAGAUUAAGUUCAGGAAUAAGUGCGGAUCAUGUUAAGAGAACUAUCCCUUCUACUUCUUGUGGCUUGUAUUGUAUCAUCUCUGCCUCCGUUUCAUGUUCGUCGACGAUCGUUUAAUGAAAUAGACUUGACUCGAUUUCGACAACUCAGGCUAAUCAUUUCUUCAUUAAAUUGUUAUGAGAGAGGAUACGAAUCUUCGCAGCCGUCAGGCAAAAUGUUCGCAUGUCCGUUAAGGAAGAAAACAGGCAAUGGAUAUGAUCUAACAGGUCGCUGUAUAAAGGAAAAAGAAUUGUGUGAUGGUGUAAGCCAAUGUCCAGGAGGAGAAGAUGAAUUAGAAAUGUUCUGUUACUCGUAGACUUCCGUGUUCAGUUAUUAGUAACGCGUUCCAUCAAAAAUUAUAUAGCGUGCAAUAAAACUCUUAACGGCUUUUAAUUGGCCACUACUGCCUCUUUGUUUUUU